CACUCCUACCCGGCCAGUCCAUCAAGUACAAGCUCAGCAUUAUCAUACCUAAACUCACCACAGCCAUGGACCUUCUGGUCGAUAUCUUCGUGAGGGACGCCGUGUCGGGCAUCACGCCCUUCGCGCUCUGCAACUUACAAAUUACGGCGUUCGGCUCCCUGAUCACGAGUGGCACGGGCGGCGCUCUUACAGCGGCAUCUUUCACACCCGACAUCAAGGAGAAUGCUUUCCUCUCUGGAGUGAACGAUCGAGCAACCAUUGACUUCAGCAGUGUGCUGAACAACCCGGCCAUCAAUUGCGCUGGACCCUUCACUAACAACACCAUCGAGAUCACCUUCACUGCGUUACUGAUCAACAACCCUUCCUACACCAACACUGCAGCCAACGUCACCGUCGGAGCCACGUACGCGGGGGGAAACGUGUGGCUCGCGAUGAUGUCCUACAACUACGAUAUGACUGCGCAACAAUCCUCAGUUUAG